AUGAGCCGAACGAACGACGGACUAGACCCUUCCAGUACCACUGACGCCUACAGUAGCUUGCGCGGCGCCGAUUCCCAAGGCGCUAACUACCGCAGUAAUGACGGUCUGGAUGCAAGCGGUACCAGCGAUGCUUACGGCAGCACCACAACAAGCAGUCGAACUCGUGGAACCGAUGGUCUAGACACCAAUACUAGCGACGUAUACGACACUGGCAGCAGUGGUCGUGGUGACUAUGGAGGAGGUGCCUAUCGCACAACCGAUGGUCUGGAUUCUGGCAGCACCAGCGAUGCCAGAGGAGGUACUAUCAAUCGUGGUGGUGAUACGCGCUAUGAUGACCGCACGAGCGGUGGCCUAGGUGCCGACGACACAAUCGGCUCGAACACUCGUACUGGCGGCGCAGGUCGAGGCGGUGACCAAGAGACGAGCCAAUAUACUUCCGGCGGUCUCGGUGCGGACGACACCUACGGCACUGAGGGAGACACAGGCGGCAACGAUACAGGUUACGACCAUAACUACGGUAUGGGCACAGGCAGAACCGUCGAGCAGGAGAAAGGCGGCAUCCUCCCCACCGAGCCAGGUCGCGUUGACUCACGAGGCGAAGAGCAAGGCCUGGGUCAUAGUGACAGAGGCGCUGAUACCACAAGUACCAGCCAAAGUGGUUCAGGCGGCGACUCCACCAUGGGUAAGAUGAUGGAAAAGGCAGGUGGCAUGUUCAAGAACGAGAAAUUGCAGCAGAGAGGAGAGGAGAAGAGACGCGAGGCUGGAGCGGGUGGCUAUUGA